GAUUCUACGUCAACGUUGAUUCUCCUCUGUUGCUCCACCGCCAUUUCCCAUGGCGAUUUCUCUGCAGAUCCCCCGCGUUCCCCAUCGCGCAGCCUUCAUUUCACCCAGUCCCCUCUCCGCCGCCGGAGCUCUGCCUCUUCGCCUUCGGAAACCCUUUUCCCUCCGGUGCACCGCCGAUUCUCCGUCUUCUCCGGGGCCGCUCGAUCCCGAUUUCGACGCGAAGUUGUUCUGGAAGAACUGGGCCAGAGGUGAAAACUACAACCGGAAAGGGUUUGGGCACAAGGAGGAGACUAUGAAGCUCAUGAACAGCGAGUUCACGAGUGAAGUUAUAAAUACUCUGAAUGAAAAUGGGAACGAGUUCACUUGGGGAAAUGUUACUGUGAAAUUGGCUCGUGCUUAUGGCUUCUGCUAUGGAGUUGAGCGAGCUGUGCAGAUUGCUUUCGAAGCGAGGAAACAGUUUCCGAGUAGAACCAUUUGGAUUACCAAUGAAAUCAUUCACAACCCCACUGUUAACAAGCGUUUGGGGGAGAUGGGAGUGCAUUACAUUCCUCUAGAGGAAAGAAAGAAACAGUUCGAUGUCGUUAAUCCUGGCGAUGUUGUGAUUUUGCCUGCCUUUGGAGCUGCAGUCGACGAAAUGCUUGUUUUGAAAGAUAAAAAUGUCCAGAUUGUUGACACAACUUGCCCAUGGGUUUCCAAGGUUUGGAACGUUGUUGACAAACACAAAAAAAGGGAAUACACGUCAAUAAUUCAUGGUAAAUAUCGGCAUGAAGAAACCAUAGCAACUGCUUCUUUCGCUGGAAAGUACAUCAUUGUGAAAAACAUGGCAGAGGCAACAUAUGUAAGCGACUUUAUUCUCGGGGUUGAACGUAAUGGAUCAAUCUUAACUAAAGAAGAAUUUUUGAAGAAAUUUGAGUCUGCUGUUUCGAGAGGAUUUGAUCCAGAUUAUGAUCUUAUAAAAGUUGGCAUUGCCAAUCAGACCACAAUGCUCAAAGGAGAAACAGAAGAGAUUGGAAAAUUGAUAGAGAGAACUAUGAUGCGUAAGUAUGGAGUUGAAAAUGUCAAUGAGCACUUCGUUAGUUUCAAUACGAUCUGCGACGCUACUCAAGUAAAGCGCCAAGAUGCAAUGUACCAGCUGGUGGAGGAAGAUAUGGAUCUCAUGUUAGUUGUUGGUGGAUGGAACUCAAGCAACACCUCUCAUCUUCAAGAGAUUGCCGAGGCUCGAGGAAUCCCGUCAUAUUGGAUCGACAGCGAGCAGCGAAUAGGUCCAGGAAACUCAAUAUCAUACAAGCUCAUUUACGGGGAGCUGGCCGAGAAAGAAAACUGGCUACCUGAUGGUCAUGUCACCAUUGGAGUGACCUCCGGUGCCUCCACACCAGAUAAGGUUGUUGAAAAUGUUCUUAAGAAGGUUUUUGACGUCAAAGGGGAAGGAACUGUGCAACUUGCAUAGCUUGGAUUAAAGCAAACUACAGAGUACAAAGUUACUGAACCUUUUUAUUCUCUCUUUUUUUUUUUGGUUUUGUUAUAUGGUAUAGCUUGGUAGUAUGUUUGCUAUAUUAUAUAUGUAAUAUAUGAAAGAUCGUGACAAAAUGGACUUGGAAUAUUAUCGUGUAAAAUAAUUUCAGUGUUCGUCAAAUUAAAUAUCUUGAAGUCAA